CUGCGCACUCCAGUAGCCACGCGUCUCGAAAGCGGAAGUGCGUAUAGAGUCAUUAUAGUGGCAAGAUGGUGGCCACCAGGAGAGGAACACGCGUGGGCUCCCCUGUGAAAGAUACUAGCGAUGAAAACUCUGGAGCCACGCGGCCUACUCCUUCAACCAGAAGCACACGCCGAAGAACGCUAAUGGAAGAAAAUCAGUCUCAAUCCGAAUUUGUUGGCGACUCCCAGCCAGAUGAGCUGAAGGAUGACAGUACUCCCUCUUCCUCCGCAGCAAGUCUGCCAAUUCGUGACAUUAGAAGAUCCACACGUCUCCUUGCUGACAAAAAGCAACCAAACUCUACCCAUGAAGCUGAUGUUUCUGAGUCCGAGUCCUGCUGUUCUGUAGUUUCUGAAGUACAGGUGACACCUAGAACCCGACGGAGAACUGCGGUCAGGGGGAAGCCCACGGUACAGGACGAGGCAUCAGAAGUUGAAUCUUGCUCAUCUGAGGUGUCCAUAACCCAUUCUCGCACAGCUCGGCGCAGCCUGAGGAAAUGUGUUCUGACAGCGGCUGCAAAAGAGGCCACAAAGGAUGAUGAAGAUGAUCCCUCAGGGCCUGAGUCAUGCAGUUCUACUGUAUCUGUCACUAAAGCUAUGGACACUCGUCCAAUAACAAGGAGCCAUCGGAAGACUGCUGCUCCUUCCACAGAAGCAGAUUCAUCUGAACCAGAGUCAUGCUCCUCAAGUGUUUCUGGCCUACGUGGAUCUGUAGUCCGCAGAUCUACACGAAACCAGAAGGUAAAACCGACUGAGCCGAUCCCUUUGAGCUUUGAGGAAACCACAGACACCCCUUCUUCUCCAGUGUCCAGGAUGAGAAGCCGUAGGCACCAAACGGUAGAUGAUGAGAAAAAUGACUCUGAUGGAUACAAGUCUGGUCCCAGCAUGAGUCCGUGGAGAUCCACCAGGCGUCAGCCCAAACCUGACACUCUGGUUGGUGAAUCUGAUUCAGAAUCGGUAGCUACUGAUGUCUGCACCUCUCAGGGGAGCCCAAGCCAUCAAAGAGGAAGGGGGACUCCUUGUAGUAGCCGAACUGGGUCUGCAAGUAGUAGCCGUGCGGUUCCUGUAACCAGGACAAGAAGUAAAGCAAAAGUGGCUUCUGAUGUAGGUGACACCAUUACAACAGCUGCUGCCAUGCCUGAGGAACCAGGUGAGGGGCUUGAACCUCAUCAUGAAAGUAUUCCAGUACCUGAUGGAGAUAUAGCUGAAGACACAGUAGAUCAACUGGACAGCACCAUUACCAUGGACACCAGUGAAGCUCAGGAGUGCACUAUGAUUGAGGAGGGAGCUGAACAUACCACUGUAGUUCUUGAUCAGGUUGAGGCCAUUGAGAUGCAGGAACCCAAGAGGAGCAUGCAAGAUGUUGAACCGGUGGAGGACAGUGGAACUGAAACACUGACACUUCAAGAGGAGGGUGUGGUAGAACCCACCCUAGAAGAUCCUGUACCUGCUGUGGUUGAGCAGCAUGAGGACAAGGUUGAUUGUGAAAAGAAAGGUGUGAUUGUUUAUGAGGAAGCUAAUGAUACCGUUAAGACAACUGAAAGUGACCUUGAAGGCCCUUCUACAAGCUCACACACUGAAACAAAUUUGACCAUCACAGAGGAAACGUCUAAGAAAUCUCCUCCCCAGAAACAAAUGAUCAGUUUACUCGACAGCAGUGACGAUGAAGACAGUGCUGAUGAAGGUCUGUCUUCAGAGGAGGAAGGCUGUUCAAAUAAAGCUGAAGAUGUGCAGAGUGAUGACGAUGUGAUGUGCCCCGAUGGAAAUCAGGUGUCAGGAGAAGAAGAGGCACACGGCAACGGACUGUUUGUUAUAGACACUAAACCUGGACUACAGUCUGAGGACCAGUAUUAUGUUGAUUCCAAGCAAACCGAGGAAGAGGAUGAGGAGGAUUUUGUUGAUGAGGAUGAAGACGACGAUGAUGACGAAGAUUCAAAAGUGCUAUUUGCUCCCAAAAAGCCUCUGAUGCAGCUGUCUAGUGCCAUUGACACAGGUCUGAAAAUGAAGGAACUUGGUGGUUUGUACAUCAGUUUUGAUGGUAACAACAAGCCAAAGAGUCUUUCCAAAAGUUCAAAAAGCCAGAAGGACCUGAACGAUCCUGAUGAGUUGCUGAAGAAGAGUGUUAUCGUUCCGGAUUUUGAGAAGAAAGAUGCCGUGCCUCCAUACAGUGAAUCUAAACAUGCUGCUAAACUCAAGCGCAAGGCGGAAAGAGAAAAGACGACUGGUGAUGGCUGGUUCAACAUGAGAGCUCCUGAAUUAACAGAAGAGCUCAAAAAUGACCUGAAGGCACUGAAGAUGCGCUCAGCCAUGGAUCCAAAGCGCUUCUACAAGAAGAACGACAGAGAAGGAUUUCCCAAGUACUUUCAGGUUGGUACAGUGGUUGACAACCCAGUAGACUUUUAUAGUUCAAGAAUCCCUAAGAAACAAAGGAAAAGGACCAUUGUGGAAGAGCUGCUUGCUGACGCAGAGUUUAGAAGCUAUAACAAAAAGAAAUACCAAGAGAUCAUGGCAGAAAAAGCAGCACAUGGCGCUGGCAAGAUGAACAAAAAGAAGCACAUGUUCCACAAAAAGAAGAUUAAUAAAUAGUUGCAUAACGCAAAUCAGGUUUUUUUCCUGUCUUUGCUAAUAAGGCAACUAUAUUUUUUUAAUGUCAAUGGAUUGAAAAUGCUUUUUAAGUAUUAUAAUCAUUUGCGUUGCAUAAAAAAAACAUGGAACUUGUACAGAGAAAAUGAUUUUAUACUUUUUAGAAGUUUUCUUUCAGAAAUGGAUCGAGAUUGAUCCACUCUGACUGUGGAUUCACAGUAAAUUAAGUCCAAAAUGUAGUGUUUUUCUUUUCUACUAAUGCUGUUAUCAUAAUGGAAGAAAAAAAAAAAUUAACAUUGUCAAGCUUCCACUACCGAUACUGUUUCCUGAUUUGAUUUACCAGACAUAGACAACAACAUUAAAUGACUGAUUGAACAUA